AUGGCGGCUGAGCGCGACCCGUACGCCGAGGGCGCGCCGCUGUCGCUUGUCUUCGACAAGUGUCGGUCGCUGGUCCGCGAGGCGGACGACUGGCCCGCUUCAGACCCUGACACGCGCAGCAAGCUCGAUGAUGCCGUAGCGCUGGUGAAGAGGUGUAGUGAGCUGGUGCGGAAGGCGGACCUGUUCUCGUCCAACGAGGACGUCGACGACGUGGCCACCGCGCACCUCAAAUACCUACUCCUGAGCUUCUUCCUCGGACAGUUGCUCGCGAAGACCACCGAGAGGGACCCGGCGGCGCGGUCAGGCGCGUUGAAACAGGCUGGCGCCAUCCUGGGGCUCUUCCUCUCGCAGCUGCAGCGCAUGCGGCUGCUUCCGAAGGUCUACGCGCGCGCCGCGGGGCUGGACGAGGACGCAGACGAGGGCGAGGGCGCUGCGGGGAACGACAAGAAGGAUCCGGUGCAGGCGCGCAACGACAAGAUCGCGCGCUUCAAGCGCUCGCGGGAGAUCGACAGCCGGCUCGCGGCGAUCGAAGCGAAACGCGCGCUGACGCGGCGGCCCGGCGACGGCGACGACGCGCAGGACGCGCCGGACCUGGACGAGGAGGACGAGCGCGACCUCUGGCUGCUCGCGAUCGAGGGCGCCGUGAUCACAACCCUCGACAUGCGGGCCACCCUCGCGCAGGAAGUCGAGAUCCUCGCGCACGCCGCGGCGCGGGACGGAGGAGACCGCGCCCCGCGCGAGGACGUCGUCGUCGGUCCGCGCGGCGAGCGCAUGCAGCGCGGGGAGGCGCAGGCGGCGGUGCUGGAGAAGCUGCGCGGGAUCGUGCCGACGCUCAAGGGGUCGACGGCGGACGUGGCGGCGCGGCGGGAGCAGAUGGUGGCGAGCGCGGUGCUGCAGCCGUUCCACAACGCGCCGACGAUGAGCCUCCGCGAGUACGCGGAGCGGGAGGUGCGCGACGCGGAGGAGCGGGCCGCGCGGGCGGACGCGGCGGAGGGGGCGCGGCGGGCGCGCGAGGCGGACAGCAGCGAGGACGAGGACGAGCUGCGGCAGAAGCGCGCGUUCGACGACUUCAAGGACGAAAACCCGCGCGGGUGGGGCAACUCGAGCAUCAAACCGCUGCGAUAG